GGAGCGAAGAGCUGUAGGGUGCAAGAGGUCUGCAAAUAAGUCUGUGGCUGUGGUGUUCGCCUCUUAACAGCUACUAAGUCUGACGCAAGCUAGCGGAGGCAGAGGGACUGGCACGGAGUAGAGCAAGCCUCUCAGCAGACAAUUGGAACAGGAAGCAAGGAAGGAAAGGGUCUUUCACCCGGAGGAAGACUGGCAAACUCAUUGGGAUUGUGACAAGACAGCCACACAUUAGCUCCAGGGACCACCCAUUGUAAGAGCAUCAAACACACACACACAAAAACACUUAAAAAGAGAGAGUCAGAAGGGGAGGAAAUACCAAGAAAGACAUAAAGAUUCAAGACUCAAGCCAGAACCAGUAUUCCUGGACUGAUUAAAGAACUAAAAUAACAGCAGGAGGUUUUCAGUUUUAUUUAUUUUUUUAUUUUCCUUCAUUAUUUCCUGUGGCUAAGAAGAAAAAAGAGGAAUUUGCUAUUUCACUUCUUCCUUUUUAUGAAACAUUGUAUUUUCCGUUGCAUUUUGUCAUUAUUCUUCUCAUGCCCCACCUAAACAGACGAUAAAGACACAAAAAGAAGGUAAGACUCAAUUACUGGCUUGUCAUGUACAUCUUGCAGAUAAAUUACUUUGUGAAACUGGGCACAAAUACAUAAUUUGCCUAACAAUGUAACUUGCAGAAAAUCUAAUUAACAUUUGAGUGCACACUAAACCAGACAAAGGUUUGAAAGCAGUGUGUAUUAGUUGCCAUAGUCCAUGUGUAUAACCUCAGUGCUAUUCUUCAGAGCAAAAAGAAGAGAGGACAUAGGGAAUAUAGAAUGAACAGAAGCUCAGACUGUGCAUUUAAAGUAUAUAUUAAGUCUGUAUCUACAUGACUACAACAAACUAAGUAUUGGUAUUUUUAAGUAGAGGGUAGGAAGCAGCUGUAACAUUCAAAAUGAUCUGAUAAUUCCUGUUGUCAAUUUUUUUGUAACUCUUGUCAUAUAAAUGAAUAAACAUCUGUCAUAUAAGUAAUUAUAAUAAUAAAGUACUUCAGCUACAUUUUCUUAGGGACUUUUGUGAGAUAGACACAAUAAUGCUAUAAUUAUCUCAUAUUAAUUGUAGAAACAGCAUAUUACAGUGUUUUUAUCAUUUCUUAUGAUGUCUCUGUCAUCUUUUUUUUCACUCUCUCACCCUGUCAAAAGCCAACUAAGGAUCACAGUAUGAACAACACCCUGUCCAACACCACCUCCUUCAAGUGUGUUCGGGAUACCAGCAUAACAGCUGUGGUUUUCCCCUGCCUAUACAGUGUCCUCUUCAUAGUUGCUCUGAUACUAAACUCCCUCGCUGCAUGGAUUUUCUUCAGUAUCCGAAGCACUUCAACAUUUCUGGUCUUCCUAAAAAAUGUGGUGGUGGCUGACUUGCUCAUGACUCUGACCAUCCCUCUGAAAAUCUUAACGGAUGCAGGUGUGGGUUCCUGGCAGCUACGCGCCUUCCACUGCAGAUACUCUGCGGUGCUCUUCUACAUCACCAUGUACAUCAGCAUCCUCUUGCUGGGUCUCAUUAGCUUGGACCGUUACCUGAAGAUUGUCAGGCCCUUUGGGAAGUGUGCCCUUCAGCGGGUCCGUGUUGGUCAGAUACUAAGUGUAGCUGUUUGGGUGGUAAUGCUAUCAUUAGCGUUACCCAACGUUAUUCUAAGUGACAAGCCGCCACGGCCGUCUGGAACCAGACUGAAGUGCACGUCCAUGAAGAGCCCGGCUGGCUUGCUGUGGCAUGAAGGUUUCAACUACUUCUGUCAGGUUAUUUUUUGGGGGACGCUUGCUUUGAUGGUAGUCUGCUACACAUUCAUCAGCAAGAAGGUUUAUGAGUCAUACAAAGCCUCAAAGAGUAGAUCUCGGGGUGCCAGUCGCAAAACCAAAGCGAAAGUCUUCGUUGUAGUGGGUGUGUUUUUCAUCUGCUUUGCACCAUUUCACUUCGUCCGGGUUCCCUAUACCCUCACCCAAACACGGAGCGCAACAAGUGACUGCAAGGCUCAGAAUGCCGUCUACUUUGCCAAGGAAACCACCCUGUGGCUUUCAGCAACAAAUGUAUGCCUAGACCCGCUUAUCUACGUGUUUCUAUGCAAGGUGUUCAGGAGAAGACUGACUGCUGCACUCUGUAUUAAGUCUCUCCAAAAAGGUUUUGACUCAGCCACAUCAACGCAACCUGAGAUCUCACAGAUAGCCUACAGUAAAAGGCUGUCACACAACGGCACGUCAGAAGCCAGUGAACAGUGCACUCUGGGACACAAUUAAUAACACCCUGGAAGAAUGUUUAUUUUGUAUAUAGUAAUUCUUCCUAAUAAGAUGGUUGUAAAAAAAAAAAAAAAAAAACCAUGUAAAAACGAAUGCAAGUUUAUAAAAAACUGAUGAGUAGACAAUGUGUCAAAGAAGGAAAGCCAAAAAGUCUCUGUGAGCUACAACUACUGCUUUUCAUACAGUACUAACCAAGUUUCUUUGUUUUUUUUGCUAAGUCAUCCAUCACAUUUCCUUGCUUGCACUUGCUGUCAUUUACACUUCCUCCUUUCUAAUCUUACAUAAACUGCACUUUCCCUUUGCAAAAACCUUGACGUGGUGAAGAUCUUGACAGCACAAAUUUUCCAAGGAUUAGUAACAAGGGACUGAAUAAUCAUUGAAAAGAAGAAUAAUAGACUUUAACAAACUCUGCUUCCAGUAAUUAAAAUGUUACUAUCAGUUUAAUAAAAAUUAUAUUUUUCAUUCUGCA